GACGAGGACGACGACGGCCUCGUCACGGUCCUGUGGGGCACGACGGUCACGAUCGGCGCCUCGAUGAAGGCGUUCGAGUGGUUCCUCAAGGACUUUACGUGCGGCGACCGCCAGUCGUACGACCCCUACACCAAGGAGCACCCGGACAAGAAGCUGUACCAGCACCACCUCGCGCGCAUGCGCGACACGGGCCAGACCAACCUCAACCUCGACGUCGUCGACCUCCUCGCGUUCCGCUGGCGCGAGACGCAGCGCGACAACUUUCUCCUGUACCCGCAAGAGCUCGUCCCGAUCCUCGACCAGCAGCUCAAGGACUCGGCGCUCGAGUGGGCGUGCGCCGAGGACAACCUCGGCGAUGGGCCGAUGCGCACCGAGAACGAGCAGCGCGCGAGGGAGAUGCACGGCGCCGUGUUCAAGGUGCGGCCGUACGCCGGCGAGAACAAGGUCAACAUGCGCGAGCUCAACCCGCAGGACAUCGACAAGAUCGUGUGCAUCCGUGGCCUCGUCAUUCGCGCGACGCCCAUCAUCCCCGACAUGAAGCUCGCCUUCUUCCGCUGCAACGCGUGCUCGCACACGGUCACGGUCGAGAUCGACCGCGGUAAGAUCAGCGAGCCCGACCGCUGCCCGCGCGACGUGUGCAACGUCCAGGGCUCGAUGAUGCUCGUCCACAACCGGUGCGAGUUUGCCGACCGCCAGAUCGUCCGCCUGCAAGAGACGCCCGACUCGGUCCCGGACGGCCAGACGCCGCACACGGUCUCGCUCGGCCUGUACGACGAGCUCGUCGACACGGUCAAGCCCGGCGACCGCGUCACCGUGACGGGCAUCUUCCGCAGCGUGCCCGUCCGCCUCAACCCGCGCCAGCGCGUCAUCAAGAGCCUGUUCAAGACGUACAUCGACGUGCUCCACGUCAAGAAGACGGACAAGAAGCGCAUGGGCAUCGACGGCAGCACGAGGUCGGGCGACGACCGCCGCGGCGUCGUCGGCGUCGGCAUGGAGGAGGACGCGCAAGGCCCUGGCACGCUCCUCGGCGACGCGGCGCACGACGUCGCCCUCGACGACGAGGCGCUCAACGAGGACGAGCGCGAGGCGUCGGCGCACGCCAAGCUCAAGGAGCGCCUCGUCGAGAUCUCGCGCCGGCCCGACGUGUACGACUACCUGUCGCGCUCGCUCGCGCCGAGCAUCUUCGAGAUGGACGACAUCAAGAAGGGCAUCCUGCUCCAGCUCUUUGGCGGCACCAACAAGAGCCUGACCAAGGGCGGCGGCGCCGGCGGGCCUCGGUACCGCGGCGACAUCAACGUCCUCCUCGUCGGCGAUCCGGGAACGAGUAAGAGUCAGAUCCUCCAGUACGUGCACAAGAUUGCGCCGCGAGGCGUCUACACGUCGGGCAAGGGCUCGUCCGCCGUCGGCUUGACGGCCUACAUCACGCGCGACCCGGACUCGAAGCAGCUCGUCCUCGAGAGUGGCGCUCUCGUCCUGUCCGACGGCGGCGUGUGCUGCAUCGACGAGUUCGACAAGAUGUCCGACUCGACGAGGAGCGUGCUGCACGAGGUCAUGGAGCAGCAGACGGUCUCGAUCGCCAAAGCGGGCAUCAUCACGACGCUCAACGCGCGCACCUCGAUCCUCGCGGCCGCCAACCCUGUCGGCAGCAAGUACAACCUCAACUGGCCCAUCACGCGCAACAUCGACCUCCCGCCGACGCUCAUCUCGCGCUUCGACCUCCUGUACCUCGUCCUCGACAAGAUUGACGACAAGAGCGACCGCAUGCUCGCUCGCCACCUCGUCUCGCUCUACCUCGAGGACAAGCCGCAGACGGCCGGCACCGACAUCAUGAAGAUCGAGGACUUGACGGCCUACAUCUCGUGGGCGCGCAACCACAUCCACCCGCAGCUCACGCCCGACGCGAGCAACGCGCUCGUCCAGGCGUACGUCGAGAUGCGCAACGCCGGUGCCGACUCGAGGAGCAACGACCGCCGCAUCACGGCGACGACCCGCCAGCUCGAGUCGAUGAUCCGCCUGUCCGAGGCGCACGCCCGCAUGCGCUACUCCGAGGUCGUCGAGGUCGCCGACGUGCUCGAGGCCAACCGCCUGAUCCGCGAGGCCCUCAAGGAGUCGGCGACCGACCCGCUCACCGGCCUGAUCGACCUGUCGCUCCUCGGCGGCCAGUCGACGCACCAGCGCAAGGUCCUGAGCGACCUGCGCCGCGAGGUCGUCGCCCUGCUCGGCUCGCGCGACAAGCCCUGGCGCUGGGCCGACCUGUCCAAGGCCCUGCAGCAGCAGUCGAGCGUCCCGGUCGACAACGCCGAGCUGUCCGAGGUCAUCAAGGCGCUCGAGGGCGAGGGGAGCGUGCGCGUGUCGGGUCAGGGCCACGGGCGCUCGCUCCGUCUCGUCGGCGCAGCACGCGAGGUCGAGGCAUAGAGCAGGUUCUCGUGCGCCCUCGUCGUCUUUUCCCUGUGCCCCUCCCUUCACCUCGUCCACUCGGGCCUUCUCUCUCCUCGUCCCCUUCCGACUUCCUUCCCGCGCACUCUCUGUCUCUCCCCUCGUACCGCCGACUCUCUUAUUUCUCUCUGUCUCUCUCUCUGUAGCGUCUCGCGGUGUAAAGAGUCCUCUGUCUCACAGGAAA